AUGGCCAAAACUGCAAAAGUCAAAAAGCGCCAAGUCACAAUCCACUCCCGCGCCGCCCGCCGCGCAACCUCCCCCUCCCUCUCCCUCCCCCUCUCCGCCCAACCUUCCACACACACAACCCGAGACUCCACCUCUCCCUCCCGCCCGUCCACCCUAAACCCGCACGCCCUCGCCGCCCUAGACGCAGGCAUCCAGAAGCGCCAGAAGAAAACCUCAAAUAUGACGCGUGCGCAGCGGCUGCGCCACCAAAAGGGACUGGAGCGCGCAGAGGAGAAUAUGGAUAAGUUGGCGAAUAAGCGGUUGAAGAGUGCGGGCAAGGGGAGGAAGGUGGUGGAGAGGGCGAAGGGGUGGGAGGAUAUUAAUGGGGAGGGGGGGAAGAAAGGGAAGAAGAGUGUGCUGGGGGAUGGGGAGGAGGUGGACGUGAAGAGGGGGAGGGAGUGGGUUGGAGAUGAGGAUAUGGAUGAGGCGGGCGAAGUCAAGGACGAGGGGAAGGAAGGAGAUGUUGCGGUAGUAGCGCAGAGUGUAGCAGUGCCCGAGGAGGUGGAUGAGAUGUUGUAA